GGGGGUGGGGGAGGGGGAGGAGCGCGCCCACGCCAACGGCGACUGUGGCGACGACGACGACGACGACGGAGGAGGAGGAGGAGGCCGCCGCCGUUCCGUUCUCCUCAACUCGAUUCUCCCUCAGCCCCCGGAGCGUCCCGGGCCCCCAGGCCGCAGCCGGGCGGCUUCGGCGGCGGAAUCUGCUGGGGGAAAAGACAGCAAAGGAAAGCCAUGAGCUGUCGCAUUCCGGUUUCCUGACAAAUCGAUGUAGAGAAGGAAGGAAUCUUCGCCAGCCAGCAAGCAGAAUUCCCAGCCGGCGCAACCCCCGCCUCAUUCCCGGAGCAAGGAGCUUGCCACGUACAAGCGUAGGCGCUCGUCGGCUGCCCCCCAUCCCGUUCGGAAGCUACUCCCUGCAAUCUAGGCGUCCAAGCCGACAGGCUCUUCUCCUUCCUGGAUUGUUAAGAGCCGAGAAGCCACAAUGUCUAAGAAACAGAGCCAGAAGGGUUGAAGCGGGCUGCUUGGAGAGCUCGAAGGUGAAACUUUAUUACAGCAGCCCCGAGCUUCUCAUUUUGAUUCAGUGGCCAUCGUAUUCCGGGUGGAGAGAGAGAGCAAGGCAAAGAUCCGACAGGAUUCAUUUUCGAUGUGCAGUCCAAGACGGUGCUGGCCCAGGGUGGGACCUUCGAGAACAUGAAGGAGAAGAUCAGUGCCGUCCGGGCAAUAGUCCCCAACCGGAGCAACAACGAGAUCAUCCUAGUGUUGCAGCAUUUUGACAACUGCGUGGACAAAACCGUGCAGGCCUUCAUGGAAGGCAGUGCCAGUGAAGUGCUGAAAGAGUGGACGGUGACAGGCAAGAAAAAGAACAAAAAGAAGAAAAGCAAACCCAAACCGGCCCCAGAGCCGAGCAAGCCGGCCCCCACCCCAGAAGAGCAGCCCGGGGUGCCCUCGGAGCGAGGCGGGCUCAACGGCUACCACGUCAAUGGGUCGGCCAACGACACGGAGUCCGUGGACUCAUUCGGCGAAGGGUUAGACGUGCCGUCCACGGGUAUCAGGGAUUCGGAGGACACCGAGCCAGCUGCUGCCGGAGGAUCCGAUGGAUCAGGGUCCAGGCUGGCCAAUGGCAUUUCUGAUUUUGAUCCCAAGUGUCUGGCACUGCCGCAAGGCCAGGCCUCUCACCGCGCCCUGAGACCCGAGUCCCGGAAUGCCGGCAGGCCUCUCUCCAGGGCGGCCCCGGCCUCUCAGCUUUCAGCUCUGGGGCCUUUCGCCCUCCUGGAAGAUGCGCCACUCUCCUCAGCUAACAAAAAACUAGGUUCCAACAUAGAAAAAUCCGUGAAAGACCUGCAGCGCUGCACUGUGUCCCUGGCGCGUUACCGGGUGGUGGUGAAGGAGGAGAUGGAUGCGUCCAUCAAGAAAAUGAAGCAGGCCUUCGCCGACCUGCAGUGUUGCUUAAUGGACCGAGAAGUGGCGCUGCUCGCCGAGAUGGACAAAGUGAAGGCCGAAGCCAUGGAGAUCCUGCUGAGUCGGCAGAAGAAAGCGGAGACGCUGAAGAAGAUGACCGACGUGGCCGUGCGGAUGUCAGAGGACCAACUGGUGGAGCUCCGAGCCGACAUCAAGCACUUUGUGAGUGAACGCAAAUACGACGAGGAUCUCGGCCGUGUGGCCCGCUUCACCUGCGACGUGGACGCGCUGAAGAAGAGCAUCGACUCAUUCGGGCAAGUGUCCCAUCCAAAGAACAGCUACUCCACCAGGUCCCGGUGUAACUCGAGCAACUCGGUGUCCCUGAGCGGCCCCAGCCUCGCCUCAGCGCCCUUCUCUUCCUCCGCCUGUGCCUCCGCCCCCAGCCUCACCAUCGCCGCCGGCAAGAAAGCCGCGGCCCCCGGGGAGAGCCCUGCCGCAGGAGCCCACACCGGCAGCCGGCCCGCCCAGCCCCAUCGUGAGGUAUCCCAGGGGAACCGGAGAGGAGGCGGGGGACAAGGCUCCCGGCCCCAAGGCCCGAAGCCCGGCGGCCCCCCUGGCCAGGGGCGGCCCGACAGCGGGAGCCGACACCGCAACGGUCCCGGGGCCCACCCAGGCUCCAGGCCCCAUGCCGCCCCGCCCCAGCCGCCGGGGGGCGCGGGCGAGCAGAGCCCGGCCCGGCCCCGGGGGACCAACGGCACGGGAGCCGGCCCGCCCGGCCACCCGUCCGCUCAGGGACGCUCGGGCCCCGGCCCCGCUGGGGCCAGGGGCCUCCCCCAGCGUAAGCCGCGAGCCGGCCAGCCCGAGACCGUCAGAUCCUGAGCCUCCCGGCGCGGGCUCUGGCUUCUCCGCCCCUUUCCCACACCGCUCCACCUGAUAACUGGACCGUAGGAAACGCGUAGCUAGGUUUGAUAACAGAGAAUCGUUUACACACUCCUCAUCUCCGUGCCGCUCAAAACCUUCUGGGCCUCUUCUCCCCCUCCUCCCUCGGCCUCCCCGGCCCCAGUCCCUCCUCACCAUCUCCUUGCGGGCCUGCUCGCCGGCAGCUGCGUCGGCCGAGUUAGCCGUUGUCAGGUAGGAGCUGGCCGGCCUCCUGGGGCGGGCGCCUGGCUCCCGGGGCCCCGUCCCGCCCCCACCCCCCACGGGGUCAGAGGCAGCCGCUCUCCAUCCCAGCCCCGGCAGGUCGGCUGCCCCCAGCAUUUCCCCCCAGCAGCCACCUGGGGAGGAGGCUGAGAGCAGAGGUGGGGAGGGCAGUGGAAACUCUCCCGGGGAGCGGGGGAGGGACCCCUCGCAAGUACCCCAGGGGCACCCCACCCCCCAAAUACCAACCAGCAAGCAGGCACCAAGGCGGUACUUUAUUACAAAAAUGAAAACAAGUCCCCUUUUCCCACGUCCGGCUUUAGGGAUCCUCUUCUGCCGCAUCGCACCCCGAGGGGCAGGGCCUAGGCACCGGUGCCACUCCCGGCUCUGCCCCCAUCUGAAGCGGCCCCAGGCCCCCUGGACGUGUAUGUAAAUAAAACGGUGGCAAAAAGCAUUCCCACAUUGGUGCU